CUUACAACCGCGCCGAAAGCUGCGCAGUUUUGACCUUUUGCUGAAUUCUGUUCUGUCCGCCACUUAGCCACAUCUUCGGGUUUUUUCCUCAUUAACAAAGAAUUACGCCUCUUCCUCGGGUGCACCCCAGACACGCCCCCAGCGCCCGGAGAGAGAGAAAGAGAGAGAGAGAGAUCUGCUAACCUAAGCACGCUGCCGACUGCCAUGGCGAGCUCAGAUGCAGGAACUUCGUGGGGAAGUGAAUAUCAAGUGUUCUUGAGUUUCAGAGGACCCGAUACUCGCUCGGGAUUCACAGAUUUCCUCUAUCAUUCUUUGACCGAUGCUGGAAUCCGCGUCUUCCGAGAGGACGAAGAGCUCCGUGUCGGUGAAACGAUCGAUGGAUCGCUUAUGCAAGCCAUCGACAACUGCAGGAUCUACAUACCCGUCUUCUCUCCAAACUACGCUUCGAGCCAGUGGUGCCUCAGAGAGCUCUCGCAGAUCGUGACGAACACCUUAAAAUCAGAAGGUAAUAAAGAGAUCCUACCUAUUUUCUACGACGUCGAACCUGACGAUGUCAGACUGAAAACUCCGUUAUAUCGCGAUGCCCUGCUCAAUUUGGAGUGUAAGAAGAAAUUGAGGAAUGAGCAAGGAGAUGCGUGGAGAGAGGCUCUUAUGGAGGUUGAUGUGAUAAAAGGGUGGGAAAUGAAGAAUUACUAUAGCCACGGCAAACUCGAGCAGACUGUGGCAAGCACCUUCAUUUCGGAAAGUAACAAAGAGAUCCUACCUAUUUAUUUCGACGACAUCGAACAUGACGACGUUAAGCUGAAAGCUCCACCAUAUUGCGAUGCCUUGCUCAAUUUGGAGCCCAAGAAGAAAUUGAGGAAUGAGCAAGUAGAUGCUUGGAGAGAGGCUCUUAUGGAGAUUGAUGCGAUAAAAGGGUGGGAAAUGAAGAAUUUCAACGGCCACGGUGAACUAAUCAAAUUAGUAGUUGGAGAGGUCGUGGAAAAGCUGAAGAAACAGAUCAGUGACUCCUGGAGUAUAUGCGCAUUAUCGAAGUUAUAGUCUUCAUAUCUCCUGAAGUUUAUUUCCUCUGCUUCUAUCAUGUUGCACUUCUUUAUAAUUCGUACGAAAAAUUGUUGAGCAAGCGACUGUAAACUGGAGACGCCAUUCUGGUUGCACUUCUUCGUUAUUACGGAAUUUGCUUUGUCA